AUGAAACAAGAGACGAGCCGGAAAGGGGCCACGACCUCUAGCAGACCCACAAUGGUAGGCUGGAGUGUAUUACCUGGCGUGGGAGAAGGGAGAUGCACACAAUUUGAGGUCGUGGUGUCCGAUGAUGCUGGUUGUGCUGAUGGAACGGACGAGUCCACGUCUCACCACCUGCAUUCUCCUGCUCCCUUGAAAGUCGUGAAGCACACUGCCCAAGGGGGCGUCUACACAACAAUUGCAGGUGCGAGCUUUAAACUCGGCAACAAAACGCUCGACAUUGUUUUACGCGCCCAUGAUGGCGCCGAGUGGUCCACAAGUAUGGUAGUAGCUGGCGAGCGGUUACUCGUUCCAGCGCAACAAGAGAAACUGGCUGAGCUCUUCAUUGCACUGAGUGCGAUAUGCAAUAUGGAGACCAGAAUACCUGCGAAUAUGGGUCUGAGUGCGGAGGGCCUUAAGAGUCAGACAUGUGCAGCUCCCUUCUGCGACAUUAAUGGUCUUGUAUGCACCCAUGAUACCAUGGCAGACAGCCAGAUUGAUAAAGAACACGAAGACCAGGAGGAAAGCACCUAUCCUUCCGUUAUCAGCUAUACAGACAAUGAACAGCUCUGGAUUGACGGAGCACCACAGAGCUCAGCCGCAAUGAUGGACCUAUUAACCAAUCUUGUCGCAAAAUAUACAAUCCGCAUCGCAGACACCUGCCACGCCCAGGAUGCAGACAGAAAAAUUCUUCUAUCCGACAACAUAAUCUGGUGGUUGGACGAGACCACCGAAGAGCUGCCGCAACGGAAACACGACAAACCAGCGAAUUGGGGAGGUUUUCAGGACAUGUGGCGGAACCAUAAGAAUCUAAGGGAGUCCAAAAAGAGAGCAGCAGUUGUAGUCGAGACGGAAGCUCGACCGGUCCAUGGCUCGGUCAUCAAGUUUGCUCAAGCAGGCGAACCCGACAGAAGCGCAAUGAACCCUUUGAGGCUGGUACAAGUUCAGACACGAGAAGUAAUCAGAACAGUGGGGCUGGAGAAGAAACGCUAUGCUAUCAUUUCGUACACGUGGAGCCAGUUCACUAAAGAGGAGUUGCUGGAAUGGGCCACAGCACGAGCAGCGAAGCUGGGAUACGAGUAUAUCUGGAUCGACCAAUACUGCAUUGACCAGACGGACAAGAAGGAGAAGAACGGGGAAAUUAAGCGCAUGAGAGACUACUACAAGAACGCGGCACAGGUUCUGGUGCUUCUGCCUGACGUGACAAGCCUGGCGAGCUUUGAUGUGGUCUCAACUGACCAGCUGAUCCAUGUGGAUGCGGCUCUCAAUGCGUCCAGGGACGUAUUGAAGGAGAUUGCAUCCUGCCAGUGGCUGAAAAGAGUCUGGACCUUCCAAGAAGCAUGGGUGGCGAGACAAUGCGUGUUCUGCACACAAGAGCAGAUGCUUGACGGCACGGUGAUGGACAGCUUAUCGGGCUUGCUCAAAUACCAAGCUGUCAACAGACCCAAAUUGAUGUGCGUCGCCAGUAAGUCAAUAGGGAACCCAGUGGUUGCAAAUCCGAACACGGUUGUCUGGGAUGGAGUCCUCCGGCAGCGUCAGACAGUCGUGGGAUCGACGGACAGGUGGGCCUUGCAAAGCGGAUUCAACGAAUACGAGCCACCCCGACUCACGCUGGUUCAAGCUUGGGAAGCCUCGAAGGGAAGAGACACGAUGAACGAAGAGGAUAGGGUAUACGCCCUCCUUUCCUCUGUCGAGGGUGGAGACAGAGUGAAGGUCGACCGUGGCCGGUCUCUGAUGGAUGUUAUACAGGACUGUGUCGAGGCGGGCAUUGUCGGCGCGGACCUACUGGCCGGCAAUUCCCCCUCGACUGUGGCCGAUAGAUGCUGGAUGCCAGAUCUAACAGGAUCAGGACCACAGCAUCCGUUACGAGUUGCAGGCGCUGAUGAAAGACAACAGCCAUUAACCUGGCAAGGGGGCAGGGUGUCCGUGAAGGGCAAGAUUUUCGGCUUUGCCGACCUAUCCGCUUGGCUACGCAUAGCCAAGAUGAGGACUGAGGAUGCCAUCCAACAGUCUGAGGCGAGCGACCGGCCCUGGUUACAGUUCGCGAGCACCACGCGGCAGAAAACAUGGACUACGAAAGACGUUGUGGGUUCUGAUUUCUUUUUAGUACAGGCGAUGCCGGGAUCCAUGCAGACUGUGCUGGUUGCUGGUAAGAAAAGAUCAGACGGGUCGUUUCAUAGGAGGAAAGGCCAUAUAGUCUGGCUCAAGGAGACAGGAGAAGAGUGGCUGCGUGACAGCCAGUCGGUAGAGGUUGGAGCAUGGGGUCAGAAGGGACAUCCAUCUGCUCUCGCGUUUGAGAUUAGUUGA